AUGAACAUCUCCAUGGAUACACUGGAUUCGAUGUGGGAAUCGAUUACAUUCAAGUAUAUGAGGAGUGAUUUGGUUUACCAAGAUAACCGAUACAAUAGCUACUUGCUAUUUUGUUCCCUUUCCAUUAACCCUGAAAAGCAAAUUGUUGCAUCAGAAUCAGCCUUUAGGGUUCUCAUUGUCCGUGCUCUGACUGUCGAUAACUUUUCAUCAUGUCUGAGAAGAAAUUCACUUGGGUUUUGGAAAAUUUCUCUUCUUGGAAAGAUACGUUCUACUCUUGCCGCUUCGCCGUCGCCGGCUGCGAAUGGUAAAAGACGAAAGAAAACACUUCAAUCAAACGAUUUCAUUGGGCUUGGGUUCUGUUGUACAGGCGUCUUUCUGCGUACCCCAGUGUAUAUAGUAAUGGCGAUUACUUAUCCUUGUUUCUGGAACUUGUUCCUGGAUCUCCACCAUGAGGAUGGACAAGAAACGUUUAGAGAGCAAUGCUGUUUCUAUGGGAAGAGAAACAUUUGGGGUUUUAGUAAGUUUUUGUCACUUGAUAAACUUCAUGAUAAACGUGGAGGGUUUCUGGUGAACAACAGACUCGUUAUCAUCGUUGAAGUAAAAGUUCUUCCAGCUACUGUUAGCCCAAUGGGACCUAGGUUUAACAUUGUGGUGGCAUCUGUUCCACAGGAGACUUGUAAUGAUGUUCUUGAUCAGAAGAUUCAAUUUGAGGUUUUGGCUUCCCAGACACCCAGACAUUGCUGCGGAGUUCCGUGCAAAGAACCAACGUGUGAGGAACGCGUGUAUGAGCUUCCUGCUCAGGGUAAUAGAGACGUGUGCCAGCCACUUGAGGAGCUAUCCAAUGAAGAUCUUGUUGAAGCAGACAUUGCGCUGACAUACUUGAAAGAUGCAGGCUUCAAGGUGGAUUGGUUAGAGAAGAAGCUGAACCAGCUAGAGGAUAACAAAGAGAAAGAGAAGUCUGGUUUGGCUAUGAUCUCUGCUCAGGGUAAUAGAGACGUGUGCCAGCCACUUGAGGAGCUCUCCAAUGAAGAUCUUGUUGAAGCAGACAUUGCGCUGACAUACUUGAAAGACGCAGGCUUCAAGGUGGAUUGGUUAGAGAAGAAGCUGAACCAGCUAAAGGAUAACAAGGAGAAAGAGAAGUCUGAUUCUCCCGUAAGGGUAAUUGAACUUGUGUUAUUGAUGGUCUAUCAAAAUUUUGGUUACCACAUAUGUGGAGAGACAAGCUUGCCCCUAGGACCCUUUACCAUAAGGAGUAUAGACCGGUCUGUGAACACUUGGGACCCUUGGUUAAGCAAACCUUAUAGCCCCAAGGUGGAUUGGUUAGAGAAGAAGCUGAACCAGCUAAAGGAUAACAAAGAGAAAGAGAAGUCUGCAAACUAUGCAACUGCAAAAAUAAAAAUAACCCUAAUAUUUUUUGAUUUUCCCAAAACCACGCCUUUGAAAACAUCUCAUCAAGAGCCUCCUAUGAGUUUAGAGAAUGAAGUUAGUUUUACCCACGCAGACGCCGUAGACCUCCUUAUGUUGUUUCUUGGGGCAGAAGAAAUCGUCUCUAGAGGCCUUGGUCUUAAGCAUGGCAUAUGA